CUCAGCCUUGUAUGUUUUCUCCCUCUUUCCCUUCCUCUUCUUUUUCCUCUCUUUUUUAAGACAGGGGUCUCUAGCCUAGGCUGGCCUCAGGAUCUCCCUGCCUUUGCCUCCCAAGUGCUAGACUUUGUCUUGGCUGUCACACCUUUUUUAUUGUUUUAUAGCACUUUUUAUGAACUUUCAAACCACCUUGUUAUUUUUUUUCAAAUCUCCACACGGGGCUUCUCUGUGUAGCCCUGGCUGUCCUGGAAUUCGCUCUGUAGACCAGGCUGGUCUUGAACUCACAGAGAUCCACCUGCCUCUGCCUCCUGAGUGUUGGGAUUAAAGGUCUGUGCCACCACCGCCCAGCCUUGUUUCUUUAUUUUUAGAACAGAAGUUCUUACUAAAUUGUCCUGGCUAGUUUCAGACUCCUGGGCUCAGGCAGUCCUUCAGCCUCAACCUUCCAAGUUCUAGGCCUAGAGGCAAAAUCGCAGUCCCUGCUCUGUCUUUUAUUAGUACAUAUGUAUUAUACAAAGUAAUUGGCUUCAUAAAGAUGCUUUUGUUUGAUCCUGUCAAAUAUUUUUAUUGUUAUCCAGGCAAAUGUAAACUUGAUCCUGUCCCUUGGGGGAACCUGACAGAGGCUCCGUACUGACUCUACUUAGGUGUAAAGGUUCCUUUAAGAGACAGGCUCCACCCGCUCCCGCUCUCUUUCUGCUAUGUCUUUUCCUCUCUCUCUUCCUCUCUCUCUCUCUCUCUCUCUCUCUCUCCCCCCCCCUUCCCAGUAAACUUCCCUCUCAUUUAAGCUCUGAUGGCGUGUUUGUCUCCUGCCAUAUGAUCCAUGGUCCCAUCUCGCACUGCAUGUCAUUACAUGGGUUGUCCAUAUUUAAUUCUAAAGUAUUUGUUCUUUCAACUAAAGUUAGAUACCAAAUCAAAAUCCUUACUUGAGAGAGCGUGUGUUUGUGGGUGGUGCGCAGAUGCCACCAGUGUCUUCUGUAAUUCCCUCUCCUCCUGAGUCUGGGGCCAUGCUUUCUAGGCUAUCAGAAGCCAGCAGCCUCCAGUGAUCCUCUGUCUCUGCCACCCACAGAAGCUGGGGUACAACAUGUGUGAAAUGACCAGCUUGUUACAUGGGUGCAGGAAUGGCAACUCCAGUCCUCACAAUUGUACAGCGAAGAACCACUUGAGCCAUCUCUAGCUCCCACACCCCUUUAAAAAAAUGUUUUGUAGCCAGGAAGUAGUAGCAAAUGCCUUUAAUUCCAGCAAUUGAAAGGCAGUGGCAAGUAACUCUCUGUGAGUUCGAGGCCAGCCUGGUCUACAGAACGAGUUCCAGGACAGCCAGGGCGACACAGAGAAACCUGUCUCAAAAAAAAAAAAAAAAAAAAACGAAAACAAAACAAAAGGUUUUGCUAUCGUUCUCCAUGUUGUAGCAGCCCUGCCCCAGCCUCCCCUGUGGCGGGAAUACGGGUGUGAGGCACUGUCUGUCUGCACUGACAUACCACCCCAUGUUUGGUGCUUUGAACGGAGCAGGAGCAGGCACCGCACAGUGGGAGUCAUCUGAUUCUCCCCUGGAGGACUCUGCUCAUAGGGAAAGAGAAGGUGUCAUGGCUGGUACUGGCCACUAGAGGCUCUCAGGGCUGGGCAAGGUAUGGGGUCUGUGUAUAUGUGAUCUCCCACCACUCCCCACCUGGCCAGAGCUAAAAUAAUAAAAUGCUGAGCUCACUGUUCCCCCACUCUCUCCCCCGGCACCAGACUCCUCCUGCUGACCGGACGGUGCCCUAGUAGAACAGACGGACCAACUGACAAGGGGAGGCUGAGUGGCGCACGGUGGGGAAGGGGUAGGGGCCACCAUGUCAUCAUAUCAGAAGGAACUGGAGAAAUACAGAGACAUAGAUGAAGAUGAGAUCCUAAGGACCUUGAGCCCCGAGGAGCUGGAACAGCUGGACUGUGAGCUACAAGAAAUGGACCCUGAGAAUAUGCUCCUGCCAGCUGGACUGAGACAACGUGACCAGACAAAGAAGAGUCCAACAGGGCCACUAGACCGAGAUGCCCUGUUGCAGUACCUGGAGCAACAGGCACUAGAAGUCAAGGAGCGUGAUGACUUGGUGCCCUUCACUGGCGAGAAGAAAGGGAAACCCUAUAUUCAGCCCAAGAGGGAAAUCCCAGCAGAGGAGCAGAUUACGCUAGAGCCCGAGCUGGAGGAGGCACUGUCCCAUGCUACAGAUGCUGAGAUGUGUGACAUUGCAGCCAUCCUGGGCAUGUACACACUGAUGAGCAACAAGCAAUACUACGAUGCCAUCUGCAGCGGGGAGAUCUGUAACACCGAAGGCAUUAGCAGUGUGGUACAGCCUGACAAGUAUAAGCCAGUACCAGAUGAACCCCCAAAUCCCACAAACAUCGAGGAAAUGCUAAAGAGAGUGCGGAGUAAUGACAAAGAGCUGGAGGAAGUGAACCUCAAUAACAUACAGGACAUCCCGAUACCCGUGCUCAGUGAGUUAUGUGAAGCAAUGAAGACUAACACCUAUGUCCGGAGCUUCAGUCUGGUGGCCACAAAGAGUGGUGACCCCAUCGCCAAUGUAAGGCUGGCUGCUGUCCCCAGUCCUCUUCCCAUACCCUGUCAUGCACUCCUGGCAAGGGCUGUCUUUCUGGUCACACUAGGGGGUGCUGUUCCCAUCAUGAGUUAUAUGGCAGCCCUCAGAGAGCCCCUACCCUUACCUCUCUGGCUCACAACUCUGAAGUUCCAAGGCAUUUCCCCCAAAACAACCUUCUCUAGUAGCUUCGGUCCCGCCAGUGAUCUUAACCUUCACGCUUUCACCAACUCCCCAACCCUGGCUCCUCAGGGAACUGCAAAGGGCUGUGUCCCUCCUGCUCCCCUUCUGCCUCUCCUCAGUCACCUACGAACCUGUCCCCAACCCUAACUAACACAAGCCCCUACCACCCAGGCGGUAGCUGACAUGUUGCGUGAGAACCGUAGUCUCCAGAGCCUGAACAUUGAAUCCAACUUCAUCAGCAGCACAGGGCUCAUGGCUGUGCUGAAGGCAGUUCGGGAGAACGCCACUCUUACCGAGCUCCGUGUAGAC